AUGUCGGUGACUGGCAUCAAGCUCAUGGUACCUCCGACCGUGAAUUUGCACAACGUGGGGGACCUUCAUCUGUCUCUAGGAAUCGCAGACAGCAACACCAUUCUCAACCUGGCACACCGGCUGACGAGGCUGAGGAUUCCGCGCAUCCGCUGCUUCUCGAUGUACCGCAAGGAUUUGGACAAUCCUGGGUGCAGGGUUCACUUUGUAAACAAGGAUCAUGAACUGGAUAUCAUUGCUUUGCAUGCAAGGAAGGUCCCGAUGGUAGCCAGAAAGAGCCUGGUCUGCCUGCACCUGUACCCACGCAUGGGGAUUGAUCCAAACGGGUUCAUCGAGCUGGUGACUUGGUUCCCAAACAUGGCCGAGAUACAUGUUAAUGGCGAGAUAGCCGAGUAUGUGGACCGGGCUUUUAAUCCUCUUCCUGUCAUAACCAGCGCGAUUGACCCAAGCACGGUGUAG